AUGAGCCACCUCCAGAUGCUCGGUUCACCAGCGUACGAGUGGAUCCCUGGAGAGAAGAGAAACAAAUUAGAAGCGAAAUCUCGGAAGUUGCUGCUCGUUGGUUAUUCCUCCCAACACAAGGCGUACCGAUUCUUGAACCCGAACAACGACAAGCUGACCGUCAGUCGGGACUGCAGGUUCCUGCCAUUGAACGAGGUUCGGAGUGCCGAACCUCAGAAGGGAAGAAUCGUUGAUUAUCCAUUUAGACUCCUAGAGCAUUCGAAAGCUGAGGUCCCCGUUAUUCCAGCAAAAGUGGACGAGAGCGAGGACGAAUCGGAUGAGUCCGAUCUACUCGGGUUUGAGACCAGCUACGACGAUGCCAAUGAGUAG